AUGUCCUAUGAAGAAAAUGCAGCUCGAGCUGGCUAUACCAAUGAAUUUGGUCAACCAAUUGGUAAUGAUGUUGAUAAAUGGUUUAAAUAUGGUGUGAAAACAGGAGGACCAGAAUUUGAAACAGGAUUUUGCACAAGAACACAAACAUAUUAUAUUCUAUUGUUUGUUGUUGCUUUUAUCGUUUUGGCUACUGUUAUUAUAGUGCCUAUCAUUGCUGGGAAUGUCAAAAGCAGUUGA